CAACGACGGCGGAGAGAGAGAGAGAGAGAGAGAGAGAGAGAGAGAGAGAGAGAGAGAGAGAGAGAACAGUGAGCAGGAGGGAGGCGGGGCUGCACGGACAACUGCGUCCCACUCCUAAAGCACAUCCUCCAACACAGACUAGAGUCUUCUCAUCGCUCCGACUUUCACUUGAUCACAGCUUUCUCAUUCACGACGAAGGGGGGCUGCGCGAACAUUAAAGCUUCCAGACCUCCAAGGAUGGACUCCAUACCUGCGGGACGAGACUCCAGCUCUUCGCCAAGCUCCAAACAAGAACUUUCCUACCCGAGCGCCAAGAACCUGAAGCCCAACCAGGUCGGAGAGACGGUGCUGUACGGAAUACCGAUCGUGUCUUUGGUGAUAGAUGGCCAGGAGAGACUUUGCCUUGCACAGAUAUCGAACACGCUGUUGAAGACUUACAGCUAUAACGAGAUACACAACCGGCGUGUGGCGUUGGGGAUCACCUGCGUCCAGUGCACUCCUGUCCAGCUGGAGAUCCUGCGGAGAGCCGGUGCGAUGCCAAUCUCCUCCCGGCGCUGCGGGAUGAUCACUAAACGCGAGGCCGAGAGACUUUGCAAGUCGUUCCUAGGAGCUCAUGCUCCGCCAAAACUACCAGAGAAUUUUGCCUUCGAUGUUUCCCACGAAUGUGCCUGGGGGAGUCGAGGCAACUUCAUCCCGGCCAGAUACAACAGCUCCAGGGCCAAGUGCAUCAAGUGCUCCUAUUGCAACAUGUAUUUUUCUCCAAAUAAAUUCAUAUUUCAUUCGCAUCGCACGCCAGAGUCCAAGUACACGCAGCCAGAUGCAGCUAAUUUUAAUUCUUGGAGGCGGCAUCUUAAAUUAUCAGAUAAAGGCAGCCAGACAGAUGUACUACACGCAUGGGAAGACGUGAAGGCCAUGUUCAAUGGGGGCAGUCGCAAGAGGACGCUGCCAGGCAGCGGGUCAGACUCCGGAUCUAACUUGAAACCACAUGGACACAACCGUCCCCGAGACUCACCCGAGAUGCCGGCAAAAAUCCUCAGCUGCGAGGACAACCGGGGCGGCAUGACGAGCACACGAAGUUACCCGGUGAUCCCCGUGCCCAGUAAAGGCUUCGGAAUGCUCCAAAAGAUCCCACCACCGCUCUUCCCUCAUCCGUACGGGUUCCCAACUUUCGGCCUUUGUCAGAAGAAAGACGACAGUAUGCUGGGAGAGCAAAGCAAAGCAGGCCUCCCGGGUGUGCUGUGGCCUGGUACCAAGGACAGCGCCUAUCACUCCUUCCCCAUGUUCUGGCCCGCGGCGGGCGCGUUGCCCAUGCCUCCGUACCCCCAGACUCAGCACAAACCCCCACCAGAGCUGCUGUGUCCUCCCAGGCAGACAGACAUGGACAUAUCUGAGCACAGCGACCGGAGCACCAACACGUCCAAAGACAGCAUGGUUGAAAACGACCGGUGCUCCAGCACUCAGUCUACGCGUAACGAAGAUGACAAGUCGGGUGACGAGGCGAGGCCGCUGGAGGGGAUGACCCUCGCGUCCCGGAAAAUCAGCUACGUCUCCGCGUUCAGACCCGUCAUUAAAGACGCAGACUGCAUCGCCAAGCUGUACGGCAACAGGGGCGCUUACAACGGGUGUCGCACCGGCUAUUUAUCGCCCGAUUUUUUGAGUGAGAGCUCAAGCUACCGGUCCGUGUCCCCCUGCGUGGACAGUGAGGGCGAGCCGGACGUGGAUGUGGAGACAAAUAAAACACCAGAGGAGGAGGAGGACUCCCGGCCUCUGUCCUCGGUAUGUCCUCGGACUCCUCCCGGCUCGGCUCACAGUGUUUCACCAAACGACUCGGACUCCAAGAGCCUGCAGGAGAGCAGUCUGGUUGAUUCCCAGAAAAGGAGCCUUAACGUGUCCCAGUCCUCUGACAGAGAACUGCAGAACAAGCAGUUAUCAGAGACCCACAUAGCUGCGUCUUUUACUGAAGUGUACUCACCGGAGAGGGCUGAGCUGCAACAAAGGAGCAGUCCGUAUCUGUUCAGACCUGCAAAUUACAAGACUGGAGUUACAACAAAUGAUGAGAGUGGAAGUAAAGAAGAGCCGUCUUCCACAGUGGAGGAGAUCGAAACGAAAUCUUUCCACGAACAAAGCAGCGAGGAGAGCCAGCGAGAGCCGGAUGAGGGCGAGGACGUGCCAGCCAGAGCUCUGCCUACCCAAAGAUCCAUGAUAGAAAGUCUGGCAAAAGAGGAACUACAGAAGCAGCUGUUAGAGCAAGUUGAGCUGAGGAAAAAGCUGGAACGUGAAUUCCAAAACUUGAAAGAUAAUUUUCAGGAUCAAAUGAAAAGGGAACUUUCCUAUAGAGAGGAGAUGGUUCAGCAGCUUCACAUCGUCAGAGGAGCUCAUGACGCUUUACACCAUUUCUCGUGUAAGAUGUUGACUCCUCGCCACUGCAGCGGAUCAUGCUCCUUCAAACCUCCUCUGCUACCACCCUAAAUCGGAUUAUACAAACAAAGGACACAUCUAGAGCUUCUGUCAAAUCAUGGAUAACAUCCGAAGGGUCAAGUUGAAAGAAGACUAACUUGUAUUUGGGAU